UUUUUUUCUACAAUACAACAAAAGUCUUGUUUACUCAAAAUAAUUUGAUGCAAUCCAGUGCAGCGGCGGUGUUAUUUGUAUUGUUGGUGUUUUUUACAGGAAAAAUGUCCACAUUCAAUUUAAAGGAGCGGUCAUCAAGAGAAUUACCGUCAAAUGGUACGCAUCGAAAAUUAGUUGCAUUUGAUUUUGAUCAUACGGUGGUCGACGAUAAUACGGAUAUUGUUGUCCGUGAUUUGGUAAAGAGUAAAAUCACCGAUGAAGUGACAAAAUUAUACAAAAAAUCCGGUUGGAUUCUAUACAUGCAAGAGAUUUUCUAUCUACUGCACAAGGAUGGUUUUACAAAAUCGCAAAUAAAAGACGCAAUUGAAGCGAUACCCGAAGUGGCCGGCCUAAAGACGCUAUUUAAAGAGCUAAAUGACACUGGCAAUGUGGACAUAAUCGUAAUCAGCGAUUCGAAUUCAGUGUUCAUAAAGUUUUGGUGUGAUCACAACGAUGUUGGUAAAUACAUAAAACACAUAUACACCAAUCAGGCGCAUUUCAACGAUGAUGAUGUGUUGCUGCUUCAACCGUUCCACCAUCAAACCGAAUGUUGUCUCAGUUCGGAAAAUUUAUGCAAAGGCAAAGUGCUAGAGGAUUUUGUACGCAAUCAACAAGAUGGAUGUAAUGUGAUUUACGAUCGCAUUUUUUACAUUGGCGAUGGUGUCAAUGAUAUUUGUCCGGUGCUUCGUUUAGGUGAUCAAGAUUUUGGCUUUGCUCGCAACGGCUAUCGCAUGCAGAAAGAAAUGGAUACAAAAAAUCCACUAUUAGAUGCCAAAUUUGAAAUAUGGAAUAAUGGCUUUGACCUAAAGCAACUCAUUUUUCAGAAUAUUUAAAUACAAAUUCAUAAUUUUAAACUGCA